AUGCCGCGCUGGGCCAAGCUGAUGGAGCCCGUGUGGAUGGCCCUGCCGGAGCCGCGGGGGAAGCUGCCUCCCGCAGCGCGCGACCAGCCCCGGCCGACUCUGGGCGGCUGCGCUCACGGCGACUCCCACGACGACAAGGUCACCGGCUUGGAGCGGCACGACUCCGAGGACGCGAGCACCGUCUACGCCAGCGCCUCCGACGGCAGCGCGAACGGCUGGCGCGGCGCGGAGCUCCCGCAGCUUGCGGAGCGGGGCGUGAGGAUGGUCGUCAAGAACACCUUCAUCGACUGCGAGCUGCUUGAAGAGAGCGGCACCUUGCUCCGCAGGUCGUCGUCGGCGCCGGCGCUGCAUCCCCCGUCGGCAGGCCCCGAGGCGCCGAGGGGAGAGCCACCGUCGUCCUCGGGCGCCGAGAGGCGCACCACGCUGCUGUUCCGCAACGUGCCGUACCUCCUCACACGGGACAUGUUCGUGGAGCUCCUGAACUCGCACGGAUUUCGAGGCAAAUUUGACCUAGUCUACAUGCCCAUCGAUUUCAACACGAACCAGGCGCUCGGCUACGCGUUCGUGAACGCGGUCGAUCCCGAGGCCGCCAUCGGUCUCCUCCACGUCUUCGAAGGCUUCCAAGCGUGGCCCAGGAAGAGCUCGAAGACAUGCGCUGUGUGCUGGGGUGGCCGGCAGGGCUUCGAGAGCAACGUCCGUGUCUAUCGCAAUUUGACCGUCAUGAGGGACGACGCUCCCGAGGCAUGGAAGCCAGCGAUUUUCUCAAAUGGUAAUCAGGUACCCUUCCCCGCGCCCACCCGGGCGAUCAAGAAGUACUGGAAGCGGCACCCGCGCGCCGGCAGCACCACCACGUUGGCAGCCUGA